AUGUUGGGCCUCACUCUCCUGGCGGCUGCGCUCGUGCCGUCCGUCUACUCCCAGGCCACCUUCGACAACCCGGCCCUGUACGCCGACUUUGCCGACAACGACAUUUCCACCGGGCCCGAUGGCGGCUAUUACUUCUCGGCCUCAAACAUGCACUACUCGCCCGGCGCCCCGAUCUUGCGAUCCGACGACUUACUCAAUUGGAAACUCAUUGGACACUCGGUCCCCACGCUGGCGACCUUUGGCUCGAAAUAUGAGAUGACCGGCAAUCUGGCCUACACACGAGGCACCUGGGCCUCGACCAUGCGAUACCGCCCGAGCAACGGCCGCUGGUACUGGUACGGCUGUACCGACUUCACCAACUCGUGGGUCUUCACCGCGUCGUCGCCCGAGGGCCCCUGGGACAACGGGAAGAAGAUUUCCGGCACCUGCUUCUACGACUGCGGUCUGCUCGUGGACGACGAUGACACCAUGUACAUCGUCUACGGCAAGAACGACGUGAACGUGGCCACCAUGUCCAAAGACGGCAUGAGCAUCAGCAAGACCACCCCGGCAUUUGCGCUGCCACAAGACGGCCUUCAGUACAUCGAGGGCAACCGCAUGUACAAGCGAAAAGGCAUCUACUACAUCCUCGACAACGACCCGAAUACCAGGACGACGAUGAUCUGGAAGUCCGACAAGCCCACCGGCCCAUGGGUCCGCAAGAACCUGGGGGUCAACGUCAAGGGCCCCCUCCCCCCGUUCACCGUGCCGCACCAGGGCAGUCUGGUCGAGACGCCCGGGGACCACUGGUUCUUCAUGUCAUUCCAAUGGAUCUUCCCGGCCGGUCGAAUCCCCGUGCUGGCGCCCAUCUCCUGGGGAUCUGACGGCUAUCCGAUACUGAAAACCGAGAGUGGCAACAAAUGGGGCCUGACCUACCCGGAGCCCAUCUCGCCGCAGGUCUUCACGCCCAGCUGGCAGCGCAACGACACCUUCUCGGGCAGCAGUCUCGACGUCCACUGGGAGUGGAACCACGCACCGGACCCCUCGGGCUUCAGCGUCAAGAACGGCGUGACCCUGCGCACCGUCACCGUCACGAAGGACCUCUUCAAGGCGCGCAACACGCUCACCCACCGGACCUUCGGCCCGCGCUCCGUCGCCACCAUCACGCUCGACAUCAGCAAAAUGGCGGACGGCGACGAGGCCGGCCUGGCCUCCUUCCGCGACUGGACGGCCACCAUCGGCCUCGUGCGCACCGGCGGCACCUUCCGCAUCCAGAACAUCCAGGGCAUGACCCAGGACCCGACCAAGUCCUGGGCCACCCUCGACACGGGCAACACCAUCGCCACGGCCACGCUCCCCGGCGACACGACCACCGUCUACCUGCGCGGCACCAUGAUCCUCGGCGGCGACUCCUCCAAGGAGUGCUCCUUCGAGUACAGCCUCGACGGCCAGUCCUUCACGGCCCUCGGCGACGGCUACACCAUGAACUCCGACUGGCGCUACUUCCAGGGCCAGCGCUGGGCCAUCUACAGCUUUGCUACCAAGGCCCUGGGCGGCUCGGUGACGCUGAAGAAGUUCGAGAUGUCGGGCUGA